CGAGGACGGCUGCCGUGGCUGCCGUAAAGCGUUGUGUUUUGGACUGAGGGAGGUCAUUGGAAAGUGAGGCGUACCAACGGGCUGGCUCUCAAGGCGCAGAGACACCCAGUGCCGGGACACAUCUCAUGCCGGUGUAAGACAAAUACAUAAUUCAACAGCUCUGUUCAGUGUUUCCACCGCGGCAACAUGCUCCGUCUCAUCCUGCGGCUCCGGCCGUCCUCCGGGCUGCGCCGCCCCCGCGCACUCCUGCUCGGGCCUGCUACGCUCAGCACCCGCUCCGUUCCCGGAACCGGUUCUCUGCAGCGGCUUCACUGCGCAGCCGGGUCCCGGGCGACGUGCCUGGCCUCCGGCUUGAGCCACAGGGCGACUCUGCUGCGGUGUCCCCCGCUGACAGGCAACCACCGGAGCGGUCGUUUCUACAGCCUGCCGCCGCACCAGAAGGUGGAGCUUCCCGCACUCUCGCCCACCAUGCAGACGGGAACGAUCGCACGUUGGGAGAAGAAGGAGGGAGAAAAAAUCAGCGAGGGCGAACUUAUCGCUGAGGUGGAGACCGACAAAGCUACCGUUGGUUUUGAGAUCCUAGAGGAGUGCUAUAUGGCAAAGAUCCUGGUUCCCGAAGGGACUAGAGAUGUUAACAUUGGAGCUGUGAUCUGCAUCACCGUUGACAGCCCUGACCUCGUCGCGGCCUUUAAGGACGUGACGUUGGAAUCUCUCCAAGCAGCCGUUGUCAGUCCUUCCCCGGUUGCCUCCACUCCUCCACCUGCUGCUGCCGCUCCCCCUGCGGCCCCGGGCAGCUCUUACCCCCCACACAUGAAGGUCACACUUCCCGCCCUCUCUCCCACCAUGACGAUGGGAACAGUGCAGCGUUGGGAGAAGAAGGUGGGAGAGAAGCUGAGUGAAGGCGAUCUGCUGGCUGAGAUCGAGACCGACAAGGCGACCAUCGGCUUUGAGGUGCAGGAGGAGGGAUACUUGGCCAAGAUCAUGGUGCCAGAGGGAACUCGGGAUGUUCCCCUGGGAGUUCCGCUCUGCAUCAUCGUAGAACGAGAAAGUGACAUCGCAGCGUUCAAGGAUUACGUAGAGACGGGACUGACGGAGGUUUCCACACCGGCACCGGCACCGGCGGCAGCACCAGCUGCUGCAGCAGCGGCAGCACCACCCAGCCCAGCUACCACGCCCGCUGCCCCGGCGGCACCCAGGAAAGGUCGCGUGUUCGCCAGUCCGCUCGCCAAGAAACUCGCCGCCGAGAAAGGAAUAGACCUUGCACAAGUCGGCGGCUCCGGACCCGAUGGGCGCAUCACCAGGAAAGAUAUCGACAGCUUUGUUCCACCAAAGGCUGCACCCGCGGUAACUGCUGCUCCACCUCCAGCCGCAACUCCAGCUGCUUCUGCACCUGCUGCAGCUCCUGCUGCACCAGCUGGGACCUUCACAGACAUCCCAAUCAGCAACAUCCGCAAGGUCAUCGCUCAGAGGUUGAUGCAGUCCAAACAGACGAUUCCCCACUAUUACCUGUCUGUAGAUGUCAACAUGGACCAAGUGCUCGAGCUUCGGAAAGAUCUCAACAAUGAGGUGAAAGCCCAGAAUAUCAAGCUAAGUGUAAAUGACUUUGUCAUCAAAGCCAGCGCUCUGGCCUGCCUCAAGGUACCCGAGUGCAACUCCUCCUGGAUGGACACGGUCAUCCGCCAGAAUCACGUGGUGGACCUGAGUGUAGCUGUGAGCACAGCCAGCGGCCUCAUCACGCCCAUAGUCUUCAACGCCCACGUCAAAGGACUCGCCGCCAUCAGCGCCGACGUCUCUGCUCUCGCUGCCAAAGCAAGAGAUGGCAAACUGCAGCCGCAUGAGUUCCAGGGAGGUACCUUCACGAUCUCUAAUUUGGGAAUGUUUGGCGUCAAGAACUUCUCCGCGAUAAUCAACCCCCCUCAGGCCUGUAUCCUCGCCGUCGGGGGCUCCGAGAAACGGCUGAUGCCCGCUGAUAACGAGAAAGGGUUCGACGUUGCCAGCAUGAUGUCGGUGACGCUGAGCUGCGACCACCGGGUGGUGGACGGCGCAGUCGGCGCGCAGUGGCUCGCCGAGUUCCGCAAGUUCCUGGAGAAACCAGUCACCAUGCUGUUGUGAUCGGACUUAAGUGCUGUUCAACCGCAGCAACAGGCGGAGGCCCCUCGGCGAAGUGGUGCGAUCGGUCCGCACCGGAUCCGGAUCCUCCCCGUGAUUGGCCCGCCUGCUAAUAGGUCACUUCCAGUUACCCUGAAGGGUGAAGAGGCAGAACUCACGCCGCUUACC